AUGGCAUUACAAAAUGACGAGCAAUCUAGUGUCUUGCUUGAUUCUCAAGCUCACAUAUUGAACUACGCCUAUAGCUUUGUAAGGUCCAUGUCACUCAAAUGUGCAAUUGAGCUAGAAAUACCUGAUAUCAUACAUCGCCAUGGUGUACAAAUGUCCCUCUCAGAGUUGGUUGAUGCCCUCCCCAUCAACAAGGAGAGAUCUCAAUAUGUGUAUUGAUUGAUGCGCAUACUUGUGCACGAUGGUUUCUUUUCUAUACAAAGUUUACCAAGUGUUGAUCGUGAGGAAAGAGAAGGCUAUUCGCUUACUCCUGCUUCUCGCUUACUUCUAAAGGAAGAGUCAUUAAACAUUACACCACUUUUCCUAGUCUUUUUGGAUCCGAUAAUGUUGGAUCCAUGGCAAAACAUGAGUAAAUGGCUCCGAAAUGAAAAUGAUAUCAACCCUUUUCAAACUACCCAUGGGAAGAUGGCAUACGAAUUGGCGGUUGAAGAUCCGAAGCUUUACCAAUCCAUCAACGAAGGAAUGGCUAGUGAUGGAAGGCUUGUUGCAAGUGUCAUUCUUAAACACUGUAAGGGUAUCUUUGAAGAGUUGGAUUCAGUUGUUGAUGUUGGAGGUGGGACUGGGACUUUUGCAAUGUGCAUUGCGGAAGCUUUUCCCAAUCUUAGUUACAUAAACUUUGAUCUUCCACAAGUUGUUAAGGGUUUGGAAGGAAGUAAGAACUUGAGCUUUGUUGGGGGAGACAUGUUUGAGACCAUUCCAAAAGCUCAGGCAGUUUUGUUCAAGUGGGUAUUACAUAAUUGGAGCGAUGAAGAAUGUGCAGAGAUAUUAAAGCGAUGCAAAGAGGCUAUUCCGACCAAGGAAAAUGGUGGGAAAGUGAUCAUCAUAGAAAUUGUGUUGAAGGAUGAAGAAUUGGGGAACAAAACCCUCGAGACUUAG